AUGGCCGCAAGGUCAAAGCUGGAAGCUGAGAUUAAAGAGAAGAGCUCCAGGAUUGACGAGCUUGAGAAGUUAAAUGCCAAGCUCAAAGAGGAGAAAAAGGCCACCUUUGAGAUAAUAGAAGGAGAAAAGGACUACUAUGAAAUACAGCUUUUAACUCUGAAAUCUUUUGAGGAAGUUGACUCUAUAGUGCAAUCAGAAGGCAUUGAUGAAGAUGAUCUUGAUGAACAAGCUCAGCAUGAAAGAUCCAUGAAGAUCUCUAAUUAUGCAAACAUAAUUCUCUUGGUACUUAAGAUCUAUGUUACUAUAAAGAGUGGGUCCAUAGCCAUUGCAGCAUCAACACUAGAUUAUUUGCUGGGUCUCAUGGAUGGUGGCAUACUUUGGUUCACUCACUUUUCAAUGAAAAGUAUAAAUAUUUAUAGAUACCCCAUUGGAAAAUUGAGGGUGCAGCCUGUUGGCAUAAUCAUUUUUGUUGCUAUCAUGGCGACACUAGAGUAG